UGGGAUCUUUCCUGGUGCCUUCCAGUAGGUGGCGGUAAAGCGUACCGGCGUUUGAAGAAGAAGAAAUCUACUUCCGGUUUCAUUCAGGAAACACGUGGUUUUUCCACCGGGUGAGGAAACUUCAACAAAACAGACGUGAAGAAAAGAUGGCUGAAGCUGAGCAGGAGAAAAGCCGAGGGUUGAAGUUUGCAGAGCAGCUGCUCCUGAGUCACGGCUGGGAACACGGGAAAGGACUGGGCCGAGCGGAGAACGGCAUAUCAGAGGCCAUAAAGGUCAAGGUCAAAUGUGACAAAGGAGGGAUCGGCCACCGGGAAGGAGAGCAGUUCAGCUUCCACUGGUGGGAUCACGUCUUCAAUAAAGCCUCGUCCAGUCUGCAGGUGGAGGCCGGCCAGAAUGGAAUCAGAUUAAAAAAGACGCCUGAGGAAGGUGAGGAAGAGGAGGGAGCGAUCUCCAACAAAAAGCCUCGGAAAUUCCUGCAGAACAAAUCCAAACUGUACGGCCGCUUUGUCAAGUCGGCCACGCUGCUGUCCGGUCAGGAGGAGCCGGAGCCGAAGGCCCCGAGUUCAGACAGCAGCAGCUCAGAUGAGGAAGAGGAGCAGAAACUGGAUCUGUCCAGCACCACCAGACUUUCAGACGCUGAUCUGAUGAAGGUUUGUGGAGGACGAACGGCUCACAAAGGCGCGCGGCACGGGCUGACCAUGAGCGCCAAGCUGGCCAGACUGGAGCAGCAGGAAGCAGAGUUCCUGACCAAAUAUGGAAAAAAGAGCCAAACAGGAAGUUCUCCAGAUGUUUGUGACACAGCGACUCAUCCGGAGGAGACGAACCGCAGGAAGAAGAAGAAAUGCACAGAGAGCUGCAGUGAACUGAGCGGUGAUGAAAGUCCUGAAGCAGGUUUUCAACCAGAGAAGAAGAAAAAGAAGAGGAAAGUUAAAACAGAGGGAGGAAGAGAGGCAGAAGAAGAAGAAGAGCUGAUCAUUGGAGGAAACGUUGAGGAUCAGAAAGAAGAUGGAGGAAAUCCGUCUGCAGAGGAAACUGAGCCGCUUCCCUCUGACUGCAACAGGAAGAAGAAGAAGAAGAAGAAGAAGAAAUCUGCUCAGCAUGAUGCUGACUCUGCAGAAACUGGGCGGAGUUCUGGACAAUCCAGCCAAUCAGAUCCCAGAUCCCAGCAGGAAGUAGAGGUUACCAUGGCAACAGAGAAGCAGAGAAGGAAAAAAAGCAGAAAGGACAAAUCGGUGACGGAGAAACCUGCUGAUGACGAGGAGCUUCCUCCAAAGAAGAAGAAGAAGAGCGAAGGUGGGUCAAACUGAGACGCUGGUUCUGAUCUGCCGACCUGGAACUAUGGUCCGGUUCUGAUACCUGAACCCGACCCAACCUAACAACUCACAGAACCAGUUUAAUGGUUUCUAUCUCUGCUGGUAGAAAGUGAAGCUGCUUUUCUCUGGAUUCCUGGAUUUUUAACGAACCGUCAGAAUGAAAUCUGGACUUAAUAUCGAUGAAAACAGAAUUACACUGAUGGAAACAUCUAGAAAAAUGCUUAGAUUUAUGAAAUAAAUGUGAAACUUUCUGAUGAAAUUAUCUCUGCCCUCACAAAGCAUCAAUGAUUUACAUAAACCUCAUUUAUUUUACCAACAUUUCCACCAAACAGUUAUUAAUAAGAUUGAUUAUAAGAUUAGAUCAAUUGGAUUCAUAAAAACAGUUUUGUUGUUUAUUCAGGUUGAGCUGCAGUUUCUGCAUAACUGGAAUAAAAACAUUUCUACAAUCUA